AUGAGAGCCACGCCUCUGGAUGAUUUGGCAGAAUCCGCCGACCUAGUUUUUGCACAAUUUGAGCAAGGCGUUAAAUCAGUUCACACCCCCGAUACAACGGAGCGCGAACGCUACGAGCGGAGUGAUACAGAACGGGCGUUGGCCGACCUGCAGAGAGAAAUACGAGAAAUCAAGAUCUCCCUGCGCCCACGGACAGGGAAACCGACCCCAUCUCGACAACAGCGGAGACGAACCCCCAACCGAGAACGGCGAAGCGACCAGGGCAUUUUCACAAGAGAGUGCAAUUCAUUUUAUAAGCAAAAAUCUUCACUGGAAUCUGAAAAUGAAACGAAAUCGAGCCUAUUAUAUCAAAGUUCAAAAGAUGUUUAUGAAACAAGAGAAGAGGAAAUUUCAAAUUCAAAAAGAAGAGGGUGCAAGCAAUCCUGCAAAGAUGUCACAUUCCACCAGUUCCUUGUAUUUACUUGUAUAUUCUUCAAUGUAUUUAUUUGUGUGGGACUUCCAUUUUCUCUUGGAGUGCUUUACCCAGAAUUCAAAGUUACCUUCAACAGCAGCAAUGCAGAAGCGGCUACCAUUGUAUCUGUGGCAACAGGGCUCAUCACCUGUGGAGGAAUUGUUGGUGGUCUUUUGGUGAAUAAAAUUGGUAGUCGGUAUACUAUUCUUCUUGGAGCACUUUUAUCUUUUAUUGGAACCUUUGCAAGUUUCUUUGCAAUGAAUGUAUGGUUUCUUGUUGUAGCACUUGGAGUUCUAAUGGGUCUUGGGAAUGCUAUUGUAUACAUUCCAUCAAUGGUUGUGAUCAGUGAACAAUUCCCAAACUCAAUGAUGGCUACAUUGAUAAUCACUGCUGCUCGACCUGCUGGUGUCAUCAUGUUACCCCUCCUGAUUAAUACUCUCCUAGAUGUUUAUUUCUGGAGAGGCACUGUACUUCUUACUAGUGCUUUUGUGCUGAACAUCUGUGUUAGUGGGCUUAUUGCAACACAUCAAAGCUCAAAGACCUCAUCUCCUGUUUCUUUACCAAGAAAGAAGAAAAUAUUUGAUGUUUCUAUCCUGAAAAUACCAAAAUUUAUCCUUAUAAUAAUCACUCACAGUAUAAUAAACAGCACAAUAAGUGCAGUGUUUGUGUUGCUUGUUGAUUUUGCCAUUGAAGUAGGAUACAGUAGAAAGAAAGCAGUUAUUGUUUAUACCAUUCAAGCUGUGUUUGCUAUGUUAGCCAGAGUAUUUGUUGGCAUUUUAUCCCUUCUGCCACAACGGAUCCGUCCCCCACACAUUGUUCUAUUUUUCUUGUCUGGAUUAUUUGGCAGUGUUAUUAUUCUUUUGAUGCCAUUAGCUGCUCAGAAUUACAAUACCUUAGUUGGCAUCAUCAUGUUCUGGGGCCUUUUUAUUGGCAUUCGUAAUGCUAUAAUUCCUGUGCUGUGUUUGGAGCUGGUUGGCAAGGAUCAUUAUCCAAUUGCUCUUGGAGUUUCUCAGACACUUAUUGGCAUUUUUACUAUUGUGGCAGGACCUAUUGCAGGGCUGAUCCGAGAUAUGACAGGGACAUAUGAAGUAACAUUCUUUACAGCAGGGUCUGUCAGUAUGGUGGCUGCUGUAGUCACAAAAAAAAUCAGAUGCAAACACUUAGCAGUUAUUAAAGGUUCAUAA